CAAGUCGAUUCGUAUGUUUAUUAUUUUAGUUUUCCAAAGGCUACCGUUAGACGCGUUCACAAUGGAACUCACUUUCCUACUUUGCAUACUGGUUAUCGUGCAAGCAGGCGUUAUAAAGGAAAAAGAGUCUUGCGAAGGCGUCAUAAUCAACGAAAUAUACCAUGACGUUGAAGUCUUGAAGAGUGAACUGGACAGACCAUAUUUAUUAGCUAUAGAUCGCAGCACUAACACAUUAUACUUUAGCUUCAGUGAAUCAAAAGAAGACGAUGUCUUCAAAUCAGCAAGACUGGACCUUAAUACAAAGCAAUAUAGCACAAUUGACGAUGUGAGCAAUGGUUUCGCUCAAACAGUAGACGAAAAAACUCAUGAGGUAUACAUAGGAGGCAACGAUGGUUUAUACAAAUACGAUCCAGCUUCAAAUAAAGCCGAGUUCAUCGGUGAAAGGGGAACAGAUAUUUGGACUAUUUUCUAUAAGGACGUUUUGUAUUAUUCAGUGUUUCCAUCUCAGUUCUUAUACACGUUCUCAAAUGGCGAAUCAUCAAGAUUUCCAGACUUACAAGACACAAAAGUGGAUCAUUUUAUAAUUGACAAUGAAAACAUCAUGUUUUUUACAAAUGCUACAGGACUGUACAGUCAAGAGAAAGGUACUAACACAGCAACUUUGUACCAAGACUUACCAGAGAAUGGAGCGAGAGGGAUGACUCUAGAUGUAAACGGUAACGUUCAUGUUUGUUAUCAAGAUGGUAUAUUUAGGGUGGAUAAAGAAGAAUCCAAAUUAGAUAAACUUGUGGAAUUAGACGACGCAUUCGGCGUUGCGUUUGAUAAGGACAAUAAUAUUAUAUAUGCAGAUGCAACGAGUGUAGUGCGAUUAAAACCGAACAAAAAUAAAACUUGUUAGAUACGA